ACAAAACAAACAAACACGUAACAGUUAGCAAAAUAUUAAGAUGGAAUCCCAAUACAUUGUGAUAAGUAAUACCUUAUUUAAGUAUAAAUUUUUCCGCACCCAUUAUUAUUUGGGCAUUCAGUUUUAGUGUUGAAGCUGAAUAGUCGAGUUGUCAUUUAUAAUUAAUAAUUAAAAAUCCGUUACAACUGGACUAAUGGAAUGGCGGUUUUUUUUAUUGUUGAGCUGUCUGUCUGCGGUGCAACCGGAAACAGUCGGUUCAGAUGCGAAACAGACAAAAUGUGGACGUGUUGAUAUCUGCAACGGUGAGGAGUAUUGUGACAAAAGCGUUGGAAGUUGUAAGCUGUGUGCUGACAUCUCGAGUGAUUGUAACAAGGACUUUCUUCCAGCGGAAUGUCGGCCCUGGUGUUUCGAAUAUACUGCAAAGACAAAGGCAAAGGACAUGGUGAAAAAGGAGAGAGUGUCCGCCUGUCCGGACCCAGGAAGUAUCCCGAACGGUUCAUAUCCAUCCGUUUCGACGUUUGGUCAUGGCAAUAACGUUACAUACACGUGUAAUGACGGCUAUGAGAUGGUCGGGGAGUCGACAAUCGAGUGCAGCGACUUUGGCCACUGGAAACAACCGAAGCCGUAUUGCGAAAAAACGUGUAGGUAUCCGCCGGACCUUAUCAACGGCCACGUGUCUGUUAGCAUGGACGAUGGCGUCUCCACGGCCAAGUACACGUGCGUGGAGGGACGCCAGCUACACGGACCACCGCUUCUAAUGUGCUACCUGCGUGAACGCUGGGUCACAGAGGAAGGGGAACUGCCACAGAGUGCGCCCGUCUGUCUGAGGCUUGAUAAGGAUGACACAAACUACACUCUACAAAAUGUUGCAAUAUCAAUAGCUGUUGUCGAGUUUAUUGUAAUAGCCGGCCUGAUAGGGUUUUGUUGUUACAAAAGGUACACUAACUCGUGCCAGUACACGCCCGUCAAUACAGUGAACGACAGCAGCAACAACAGCAAUAACACGCACAGCAACAACAACCAAGUACAUAUACAUAACGGGGAAAGGGAACUUGAUGUAAAAGACCCUGACAGAUCAAAUAACCACAGUCCCAAACCACCCAAACAUAUCAACAAUGGAAGAAGCAACACAGACAAGAAACCUGUCGAGGAAACUGGUCGCACAACCCAAGGAUAUCAGGAAGUUGAUAAAGACGGUCCUUCCGAACUUGUUCCGAACAUAUCCAGUAAAUGCGUUCCAAUUGCCGAUUUCGGCAAUCCAAGUUGCUGCACAGGUGACCAGAACCAGGAUGGUGGAGGCGGACAGGGAUUGACGCCUACAGCUCCACUGCUCGACAAUGAUGCGCCCGGAGCUGAGAUUGGCUCGACCCUUUCACACAUUGCACCGACAGCUUCCGCCGAGACCCUGGGUGAUAGCCAGAUGACGUCAUCAUUCACUGACACCAGCAGAUCUAAGUCGGAAUUUGAAGAAAACCAGCAACCGGCAUCUUUCGUGUCGGAUGCCCAAGAAGCUUCGGGCGCGUCGACUGAUGUGGACAACUACAGUGCAUAGUUUGUUCAUCCAGCGAGAUUUGCAUACGUGAUAAAGGUUUAAACAAACUGUCUGACAGUGAUGGCUGUCGAAAACAAUCUGGUCUUGACCUUGCAAAUCUUAAAAAUCUGCAACUUCAAACAGAUACAUUCGUGAACGUGAACGUGAAGUUCAACGUGAAAACCGCUCAACGGUUCUAAAUCACGUCCGAAUAAGAGACAUCGUCACAGGCUACGUUUAUAAUUCCGAUGACUUUACAGACUUUGUGAGACCAAAUACAAAAAGAGGUUUGUUUAUUGUCACGCGGGCUUGGCUACCGACUUUAACAUAAUGUAAAGGAACUUCGGUGAAAGUCAAAAUGACAAAAUUAAAGAUACAUCGUCAAUCGGAACAACUCGGCCAUCUCCGGCAAGCUUCGAGAUAUUCCAUUUUGUUGGAUAAAGGCCAAAAUGCUCCGAUUGAUGCAUCGUAUUGACAUUUGGUGCAGACUAUAAUUUGUGGUUUGCAGUUGUUUGCAACCCAGCGGCGAAAUUUAACAAACAGUCAUAUAUGCAGAAUAAUCCUACCUUUGUGUUUGCUCAACUUUAUUUGUAUUUUCUCAAAUUGUUACUUGAAUUAUUUGUGAUACAACGACGCCCUUUUGAAAACCAAACUCAAGUGGACGGUUAAGACUUUUUUAAGCAAACAGAACGGAACAUAAUUACGUUUCAGACAAUACUUAUGAUUACGGAAUGUGAUUCGUUUGUAUGUGUGGUUAUUUACAUAUGUUACCGUCUGCAUGACGUAUGACUGUAUUUAUUUUAGAUCCAAGCCAGGCGCGUAGCUGACUACGCAAAUACGCAGUUGCGUAAUGAAAUUUUGACAGGUCGAAGUUUUUUUAAAUUCCAAAAAAAAAACGACUUUUAAGUACCCCCUACCACACCUACGCCCCAAGGCAUCGAUCUGCGUAAUCCCAAAUUUGACCUAGCUACGCGCCUGCAAGCUGAGACAAAUGUUAACAUUCUCAUUUAUUAUUUAUUGAUUUUGUUAUUUGUUGUUUUUUGUUGUUGUUUUUUGUGUUUUUCCCUACAUAGUUGUAUGUUGUAAUGUCUAUUCAUUAUUGUUUAUUAUCAUUGCUCAUACACAUUGACAAAUUGUAUUAUAAAAUGUAUGUGUUGUGACGAUGUACUAUGUGCAAGUCAAUCAACUGUCUGUCUGUCUGUUAAUAGGUCUAUUUGCAAUCUCAGGUUUAUGGAUGAGCUCUGGUAUUUACAGCAUGUCAUAACCUUGGUUGUUUUACACUUGUAGAUGACAAACCAAAUGUAUACAAGUCUGUUUGGGUGUUAGGCACACCAGGAAAAAGUGCUUUGUUAACCUCAAUAACAAUUAUCUACUUUUAUUACAUGUGGAUUGUCUUUCCAGUAGCUGUAUUCAAUGUGUUUUGCUAGAGAGGUGGGGGAGGGGGGGGGGGGUAAGCUUAUUUACCCUCGCCAUCGGGUAAUAGCUCGCUACAGGUUUGCUAUGCAACUUAUGCAUCAGUGUUUGUUAUUGUGAUAUACAGAGCAUUAAUUCCUCAAAAACUUCUAUAGUCCUUUUUAACAGGAUCAAGCUGAGCUCACUAUUUGUGUUUGUAUUUUAUUCGCGAUGUAUUUACUUCGCUGAGAGGUAUUGGAUUUUAAAUAGGAAUACACCUUCUGAUAAUUUGUUAAUUACAGUGUACAAUAAACAAUGUUUGUAUUUAAAUAAAAUCAUAUUUAAUAAUGUAUCACGACUAAUUGAAAUUAGCUUCUUAAGCCUGUUAAGCUUCAGAACUUUCGAGAAAUUGUGUCCAGUGGAUAUGCUUAUAAACAUUAUUAUAUAGUCUAUUUUUGUGAGAGAAAAGUCGAGGUUUUGUGAUAGCCCUUGUGUCGUUGUUAACAGCGGCAUCAUCGUCGUCACGCAAAAGACUUUAACUUCGCCGUAAAACCUUGCAAGAAACAAAAAAAAAAUAUGUAAAGCAGGGUCAAUAACUCUGGACCCAAUAUUUGUCAAGUUAUGUCCCUUGUUCGACUUAAAAAAAAUAAUAACAACAGACGAGCGCUUGCGUUUGUUUUCUGGCGCUCUUGUAUCCAGUAGUUUUGAUAGUUUAUAAUGCCAUUGGGGACUUUUGUGUCAACGACGAAUACUUAAAUGGCAAUACACGAAAUUGUAAAUAAGUUACAAACAUAGUAGUUUUUCCUAAUAUAUUAUCUUUAAAGAUCUCAAUCAUGUUAAAGAAUGUUAAUUUUGAAUGCUUAGUAACUGCAUGUUAUGUCUGUAUCACUUGGAAGGGUUUGGAAGGUAAAGAAAUAAUAGUAAUAAAGAAUAAUAUUUAUAAUAAGCAAACCAUACCGAAGACGUAUUAAAAUUCAUUAUUUUGGCAUUGAAGGAUUGCACAAAAAGUUUUGUUCGUGCCUGGUUUCGAUUAUUUGUGUAGAGAAAGAUAAGAUAAAAAAAUCAAACCGAUAAUAUAUUAAAAAUGGUACCAGGGGUUGUAUUCAAUAUUGGUCUAAAUUGAAUCUACGAACGAUGUAGCUAAUCGGAUUGCUCGAUAUAAAUAACGGACCUAAACAGUGGAUGAAGUCAAGGAUGCAUGACCAUAAAAUGGACUUAAGCUGAAUAUUGAAUACCAUCCCAGAAUUGUUUGUGGUCAGCAGGCAUUUAAAGUUGGCAUUGCAUAUCGCAAAUAGCUUGAUGAAAUCACAAGGUUAAUUGUAUAUCGCAUACAACGCAUGACAAAAUGUUUGUCCAUUUAUUAUGUCCAUGUUAUGUUUUGUUGAAAGUUUAUAAAAGUAUAUGCUUCGUAAUUUGUUCAUCGUUAUCCAAAACAUGUAUAUUUUGUAUUUGGAUGUACACUCAAACCCCGUUUGGUCGAACUUGCUUGGCUCGAAAUUCUUGUUGGCUCGAACUGGAUGUAAAAGACCCUUUUCUUUAUACUAAAGAUAAGCAUUCCCGCGUUGGUUCGACUUUUUUUAGCGUCGAGAUAUUUAAGCCUGUCCGUUGGAGUUCGAGCCAACGGGAUUCGACUGUACUUAAAUGUUGACACAGUAUAAAAAUAUUGUAAUUAAUCUUGGUUUUCUUUCAAAGAAACUAAUCUGCUAAUUUAUUGCAUUCUCGUUCACAAGAGUGAUGAUGCUAUGCGAACCACAGAUUAGAUUGAUCAUUAUCAAACAUCUGAUGAAUGAGAUUGAUUCAAAUCUGCACUAUCACAGAUUGAACGUUUUGACGACUUUUUUAUUUUUUGUCUUUGAACGAGCCAUUUUUGCGAAAAUCCAUGGAAACCAGUUAUAAAAGAAUGCUGACAAAGGAUGAGAUCGCAGAUUUUUAUCAACAACUUAUGUUUUAUGCAUUUUUCUUAAACCGUUAGUUUAAGCCACAAAACAUACAUUUUCGAACGGAUAUAUGAAAAACUACAAUCUAUUUUUUUAUCAGCAAUCUUAUAUCAUUGGUAGGAAGAUGUUAACGCAAAAUAUUUACUCUUUCCAAGACAAAAAAUAAAACAAAGUUGUAAAAAUGGUAUAUCUGUGAGAGUGAAGCUUUAAUGUCGAUAUUACCAAUGAAUAAAAAAUAAGCUAGUUA